AUGUUGUAUAGGAAGGUUCAGCUAACGUUUCUAGUUUUGUUGUUUCUUGCCAUCCCUGGAGAUUCAGCUCCUUGCUCCAAGUACCAAGUCUCCUACAACAACUCCUGCUAUGAACUUGUCCGCCUCGAGCGUACUUUCCACAGUGCUCAGACCUGGUGUGAGAGAGGUGGGGGGCAUCUGGUCUUCAUUCACGAUCAGGGGACUCAAGACUUUUUAGAACAACAUCUCUCUGACGAGGCAGAUUGGUGGAUGGGGAUUGUAUACAACCUGCAACCUAAGAGUGAUUCAGGAAUUUUGACCUGGCUGGAUACAUCUAAUGUAAGCUAUAAUAACUGGGAAAGUAAGGAAGCCUCUGUUACUGCUGGGAAGUGUGGCUACUUAAAGAAACAGUCUGGCUAUCAGUGGGCAACAACUGACAACUGCAGGCAGGAAUUCUUUUUCAUUUGUGAGUUUGAAUCUGGCAAUACCAUAGCCUGCGAUAACCAGAAUGCAACAGUACAGUGUGGAUCAGGAGAAGUGGUACAGAUUACUGAGGGUUUCUAUGGACGCCAGAGCCCCCAUCUGUGUGCCCAGGAGACUGCCAUCUCCUCUACAAGUGGAUGCAGGUGGAGCAACGUGAAGGAGCAGGUUUCAGGUCAGUGUCAGGGGCUCCAGGCUUGUCAGAUUGCCAACGAAGUUUCCCUCUUUGGUGAGCCAUGUCCUGUGUCGGGAAGUUACCUGUCUAUCAGAUACAGCUGCAUGGAAGGUUUACAGCUUGAUUUGCCAGAUAAAUGUCUGGUGUCUGAAAAUGUCACAAUCACUUUGAAAUGGCUCCUAACACCUUUCACUGGUAAUCUCUCCUGCAUUAUAAACACUGGAGAUGGACACUCUAUUGACCCCUACCAGCCUGAGAAUGUCUCUAGCAGUAUAACACACAGUUACUCUUCCCCCGGAGACUUUGCUGUGUUUGUGGAAUGUUCCACCAGUGAAUGGCAUGUGACAGCACAGGAAAACAUUAUAGUGGAAGAAGUUAGUGGAAGCCUUAGGGUCAGUGGAUGUUUCAGCCAACACGAGUAUCAAGAUGGGGUUUGUUUGGCUGUAUACAAGGAGCCCCUGUGGAUCCAAAUAGAGAUAAAUGCAGGUACUGAUAUGAAUGUCUCUCUGCUAGCAGAUAACAGAACUUUAGCUGAGUCCAGGGUACGGACUGGAGACACUGCAUACAAUCUUACCCUGGACACAGCAUCUCAGCAGCUUGUUGGUCCUGGUUUUCAUCAUCUGCAAAUAGUGGCAUCCAAUGAUCACACCUCUAUCAGACUCAAUACCAGCAUCACUGUCCAGCUAAUUGAAGCAGUAUCUGGCUUGCAAGGUCAGUUGUCCACCACCAGACUGGAAGCAGGUAAAGAACUGCAGAUUAAUGCAUCGGUGGCUCAUGGAGCACCAGUGGAACUAAAGAUUGAAUUCAAAGGAUCAAAUGGAAACUUCAGCUACUCCAGAAAGAGCCCAACAGGACAGACACAGAUCUCUAAUAUCUCUGUUGAUGUGGAAGGUACAUAUAUGGUUACAAUCAUAGCUGCAAAUUCAGUUUCUAAUGCAAGUUUGGACAUUGGACACAUUACUAUAAUAUCCAGCUCUACUCAACAUCAAGGAACUCAAGACAAACAGAGAGGAAAAGGUCAAGAGGUCAAGGAUAUCAUUACAAAGAAAUGGAAAAUACAGAUAGAGCCCCGCAGACAUGUCAACCCAUUUUCCAAUAUUAGUUUGCAAAUACAGAGCAACAUUACUGAUAAUAUCACCUGGUCAUGUGGAUCUUGCUGGCUGGAAUGGUUUGCAUGUGUAAAACAGAAUAUAAUUGACCUCACCUCAAAUAAGAUUGUGAUUCCUGCUGCCUGCUUGCCACCUGCUAAUGCUGCAUUCACUGUCCAAGCUGCUGCAGUUCUCAGUGAUGGGGAGACAAUGGUGGAUGAACAAUGCUUCUAUGUGACGUCUAGGAACCAGCUCCAACCCAGAAUCAGCUGCCUGAGUAACUGCAAGAAUAUUAAUCUUUCUGAGGCCAUUGUGCUCCAUGCUUCCUGUGAAAACUGCAGUGCAGCUACAUAUACCUGGUACCUUCAUAACGACUUCAAUGAGUCGGUGCCCCUUCCUCCUGUGUGCAGCCUGCGUGAAUUUAGGCCCAGCUCUCUGGUUUUAUUACAAAGUAACACAUCCACCCUUGUAUUAAACAGCACUUUUCUACAAAGCCAAUCACAUGGGGCUUUCAGAAUAAAGCUGAUAGCCAGAACCACCCAUGAAUAUGGUGAGGAAAUGACAGUGGUCAGCACCGUGCCUCCACCAGAAGUGCCAAGCUGCAGAGUGUAUCCAGAUGAAGGUUCUGUACUCACCAGUUUCCGAAUCUCCUGCCUUCAGCCUUGUGAUCAAACUGAGUCUUGUGCUACAGAUGAUCGCAUUUCCCUCACCUAUUGUUUCUUCCCCAAGCCAAAAUCUCAGCUUUACUGUGGUCCAGAUGGAGAACUCACUUCUGCUUAUUUACCGCUUGGAGAAGAAGAAAAUGACUUUGUUCUAAAUAUCACAGUUACCAUCACCAACAACUUUGGUGAUUUUGUCAGCACAACCAUUAAUGUUAAGGUUACAUAUGGACACAAUGACCCUGAGAGUCUAACAUCGUUCCUAUCUGAUAGGUCAGCUUACAUUGUAAAGGAUGGGAGUGCAAGCCGAUCACUAAUCCAGCUGUAUAAAUCAGUGUCUUCUGUCUUAAAUCAGGAAGACCCAGGGGGGAGUGGCAAUAGUGUACUACACAAAGACAACAAAAAAGAGCUGCGAGAAGUGAUGUUAACAGCGCUUUCUACUGUUAAUGUCACAUCACUACACACCGCUCUGGAGAUGUCCGAGCUGCUGAGAGACAUUACAGUGAAAAGUGAAGAAUUGUCUUCCUCAGCUCAGGUGGAAGCCAUGUCUGUAUUGAGAGAUGUCAGCCAAUCCCUCCUAACAAUAAGCAAUGAACAAGAUCAAUCAAAGGAAACAACAGCAAGGUAUCUGUUCAGCGCUAUGAGUAAUGUGUUGGAAGCUACUGCAAGAAAUAACAGUGACCCCAUAAGCAAGAGUGAAGUCUCACAGACCUUACUGAGUGCGGUGGAGAACCUGCAGAGUGCUUUACUUAAAGGAAAGCUUCCAGUGAACGAGCCUACAGUGCUGGUGGCUCCAUCAGCUACCAUGUAUAUAAACAGGUUGCAUUCAGACCAAGUGGGGAGUACCUCUGUGAAUGUCCACGGUGUCAACAUAGCAGCAUUUAAACUCCCGUCCAUCACAUCUAUGAAUUUUCCCCUAGAAAGAGAUGAGCCACUGGAUCUUCGGAUGGUGAGUUUUUCAGUCAACCCAUUUUCCUCAAGUGACACUUUUGAAAUUACUGGUUCAGUAGGAGGUCUGAGCCUUACCAGCACCAAUGGGUCCACCAUCCCUAUAAAGGACCUUACAGAAUGUAUAGAGAUAUUGUUACCCCGGGAUUCUGCUGAUGACGAAGUGAAAACUCUUUUCUAUCUGGCUAAUUUAACAUCUGUUCUGGUAAAUGUGACAUCAGCCAGUCUUCCUCUUGUGAUUUAUGUGGAACCCAGUGAGCACAUUCCUCUGGUGCUAUACCUGGGGUACGAGUAUCACCCAAAUGAAACCAACUAUGACAUCAAUUUCCAUCUGCCUAAUGGAAAAUACCCUGGAGAAAAUGUGUAUUCCUCGGUCAUAAAUCCAGAAGAGCUGUUUGGGGAAGGAGCAUAUUACUUGACACUGAGGCCAGAUGUGGAAGAUAACAUAUUUAAUGGAAAUUACAUAUCUGUGUCAGUCACAUGUUUCACCUCCCAGUGUGUGUUCUGGGAUGAGAUCAACCAGAGCUGGAACCACACUGGAUGUCAUGUGGGACCCAAGACAACACCCCACAGUACCCAAUGUCUUUGUACUCAUUUGACCUUUUUUGGCAGCUCGUUUAUUAUUAUGCCCAAUGUUGUUGAUGUGAGCAGGACAAUUGAACUUUUUGCAACGUUUGUGGACAAUCCUGUAGUGGUGACCACCGUUGGCUGCAUUGCUGCUGUUUAUAUUAUGGUGCUAAUUUGGGCCAGGAGAAAAGACAUCCAAGAUAAUGCUAAGGUGAAAGUUAUAGCUCUUGAAGAUAAUGAUUCAUUUGCCCAGUAUCGCUACUUAGUCACAAUUUUUACUGGUCACCGCAGAGGAGCUGCUACUACCUCCAGGGUAACUGUGACGCUAUAUGGAUCUGAUGGUGAAAGUGAGCCUCACCAUCUCUAUGAUUCAGAUGGGGCUGUAUUUGAACGUGGAGGGUCUGAUGUUUUCCUGCUCACAACUCUGUUUCCACUUGGGGAGGUACAGAGCAUUCGACUUUGGCAUGACAACUCUGGAGACAAGCCGUCAUGGUAUGUGAACAGGGUCUUGGUGCAUGACUUGGAAAUAGAUCGGAAGUGGUAUUUCCUCUGUAACUCCUGGCUUUCUGUUGAGGUUGGAGACUGUGUAUUGGAUAAAAUGUUCACUGUAGCCACAGAAGAGGAUAUGAAACAAUUCAGCAACUUGUUCUUCAUGAAAACAUCCAAAGGGUUCCGUGAUGGUCAUAUCUGGUACUCUGUCUUCAACCGCUCUCCCAGAAGCCCUUUCACCAGGGUGCAGAGAGUGUCCUGUUGCUUCUCCCUGCUGCUGUGCACCAUGUUGACCAGCAUUAUGUUCUGGGGAGUGCCCUCAGACCCGGCCGAGCAGAAGAUGGACUUGGGUAAGAUUGAGUUCACCUGGCAGGAGGUCAUGAUCGGAUUUGAGAGCUCCCUGCUGAUGUUCCCCAUCAACCUUCUAAUUGUCCAGAUCUUCAGAAACGUACAACCUAAACAGACAAAGGAAUCAGAAAAGAAGGAAAAGGAUUGUUCUUCUGAUGCGACCCUGGGGUCUUCAUCUUUGCCACUUGUCUCCAGCUUAACUCUCACUACAGAGGCUGUUUUAAAGGACAUCAGAAGAAUUGCCAACUUGCUGUUUAAAGCCCAGAAGUCUCCACUUUUAGAAAUACACCUUGGGAAUUCAGCUGAUAUCAAUAAACUUCUGUCUCUGGUUGAAGAAAUUAUUAUGAAACAGAACAGAGCUAGCCAGGAAUUUUAUGAUGAUAAUAAGAAAAAGGAGAGGUCACUGAACCUCAGCCUGGGCUCCGUAGACUUACAUGAAGACAUAAGGAGUCCUACUCCAGAUAAAGGACUGUGUGAGAGGAUGCCUCGUGGAGAUCAGAACCGCUAUCUCUAUCUACAACUGCAGCAUGUGGAGAGAAAGCUGGAAAUUCUAGGACCCCAUCAAUUCCAAAACUCUCAAAGUUACAUCCAAGCUGUGUCGCAAGUCCAACAUAUGAAGGAAAUUUUGGAAAAUCAGCUCUAUACAUCUAGUUCUGCUAGUGACAUGUGCUCAUCCACGGCCAGUCUGUCUGAGGAUAAGAAGAAGAACACUGCCAAGGGGCUGCCCUGGUGGUUUGUAUUCAUCGGUUGGUUCCUUGUGGCAGGGACCAGUGGUGUAUCAGGCUUCUUCACAAUGUUAUACGGCUUACAUUAUGGAAAGGACAGCUCCAUCAAGUGGCUGAUCUCAAUGGCAAUCUCAUUCUUCGAGAGUCUCUUUAUUACGCAACCUUUAAAAGUACUGGGAUUUGCUGCAUUUUUUGCUCUAGUUCUUAAGAAGGUGGAACCAGAAGAUGAAGAAGAAACUGCUCUUAAUGGAAACCUUUCUACCCCAGGUGAUUCAAACCUUUUACUGGAAUCUCGCAGAGACAGCAACGUUUACCAGCCUCCCCCUCCUAGUGAUAUCUCAAAGAUGAAAGAUAACUACAUCAAAGAGCAAAAAGUGUUUGGUUUACUAAGAGAAAUACUAGCUUACUUAGGAUUCCUGUGGAUGCUUCUACUAGUGGCAUAUGGACAGAGAGACCCAAACUCAUACUACCUUAAUAAGCACAUAGGGGACAGCUUUACUGACGGACUAGAGAAGGUCUGCAGCUACCAAGAUUUCUUUAACUGGGCUAACACUACCCUCAUCAAUAACCUCUAUGGAACCUAUCCAGGCUUUGUGACAGAUGGUAAAUCCAAGUUGGUUGGCAAUGCAAGACUUCGCCAACUGCGAGUCAAAAAGGACACUUGUCCAAUAGCUUCUGUCUUCCAAAACACGAUUGAUGACUGUCGAGCACUUUAUUCCCUGGAUACUGAGGAUAUGGAACAUUAUGGGGAAGGCUGGAAUUCCUCUGCUUUCACCAAUGCAACUAACACUGACUCUGCUUGGUACUACAAAAGCCAGUCCAAGCUUAGAGGCCACCCUACCUGGGGUCGACUGACAACAUACCGUGGAGGGGGUUAUGUGGUGCAUUUGGGAAGUGAUAGAGCAACUGCACACAGGACUCUGCAAUAUCUUUUCAACAAUGUCUGGUUAGACAAUUUCACUAGAGCUCUGUUUGUAGAAUUUACUAUUUAUAAUGCCAACGUCAACCUCUUCUGCAUUGUCCGGCUAAUGUUUGAAACUAAUGCAUUAGGUGCCUUCAUGACUCACGCUGAUCUUCAAAGCAUCAGGUUGUAUCCCUACACAGACGGCUUACACAUCUUUGUUGUGGCAGCUGAAGUGAUUUAUUUCCUCUUUGUUAUAUACUACAUGGUGGUGCAGGGAAAACUAAUGAAAACUCUUAAAUGGGGGUAUCUCCGCAGCAAGUGGAACCUGCUGGAGUUGGCUGUGAUUAUAAUAAGCUGGAGUGCUCUCUCUGUGUUUGUAAAGAGGUCCAUUCUAGGAAACAGGGACAUUAACUACUACCAGGAUCACAAGGAUGAGUUUGUAAGUUUUAAUGAAACGGCUGCUGCAGAUGCAGCCCUGGGCUACCUUAUAGCUUUCCUAGUGCUCCUAUCAACCAUCAAGUUGUGGCAUCUGCUGAGAUUAAACCCAAAACUGAACAUGAUCACUGCAACUCUGCGCAGGGCUUGGGGUGACAUUUCUGGAUUUAUCACUGUCAUUCUAAUUAUGUUCUUGGCCUAUUCUAUUGCUUGUAAUCUGAUAUUUGGAUGGAAACUUAACUCAUACAAAACUGUGUUUGAUUCAGCAAAGACUAUGGUCAGCCUUCAGCUGGGAAUCUUCAACUAUGAGGAGGUGCUGGAUUAUAACCCCGUGCUAGGCUCAUUUGUCGUUGGAUCGUGCAUUAUCUUUAUGACUUUUGUGGUGCUGAAUCUCUUCAUAUCGGUUAUCUUGGUUGCAUUCAGUGAGGAGCAGAAGAAUCACCAGGCAUCCGAAGAGGAAGAAAUUGUGGAUCUCAUGCUCAUGAAAAUCUGCAGUUUUCUUGGUUUGAGGUACAAGAAGGAGGUGAAUGGAGGGGAGACAACAAGCACCAACAAAAAUUAA